CCGGCCGGAAGUCCCACGCCGGCGCGUCCCGGAAGAUGGCGGCGUCCAAGACAGCGGGUGCGGCGCCUGGGGUAGGCUUCCCGCGGCGCAUGGCCCGCAGGAAACGCGGAGCCGGACGCGGGCCUGGGGGCGGCAGGGAUGGGGCCCUGAAGCGGCUAAAACUGGCUGUGGAGGAGUUCGUGCAGGCGACCUCGAAGGGCGAGACCCCCGGCGGCUGCGAGGGGCCCGCGGUGCAGGGUCGCAGGCGCCCGGGCGGGAGGAAAAGCCGCAGGGAACUGAGGAAGGAGAAGCGGCACCUGAGGAAGGCGCGCCGGCUCCAGCGGACUGCAGGCCCCAGGCAGGGCCCGGGCUCGGGCGGCGGAGCCGGGGGAGAGAGCGGGCCGCGGGCAGAGGCGGAGCAGAGGAAGGGCGGCCGGCCGGCCCCGCGGGCUUCAGAGGGGCUGCCUCCUCCCCCGGCCCAGGCCUCCUUGGUCCGGGCCCCGGCGCCCCCUGCCCCGGCCCGGCGGCCCCCCGGGAGGACCACGGCCCCCGCAGCUGCCGCCGCCGCUGCGCGGAAACGGGCACUUCUGGCGGCCAACGAAGAGGAAGACCGGGAGAUCCGAAAGCUGGAGCGGUGCCUCGGCUUGAACAAGCGCAGAAAGAAGGGCGACGGGAGCUCCGUGCCGCUCAGCUUUGCGCGCGACGGGCUCGACUACAUUCUGGGAGCCCUGGCGUCUGGGAGAAACAGUGGCUUAUAUGAAAGCAGCGGGGAGGAGGAGGAGGAGGAAGAGGAGGCGGGACAGACGGCCCCCGAAAGUGAUGUAGAGAGUGACCCAGAGGACGACCGGGAGGAGGAGGACGUGGGAGAGGAGAGCGAGGGCGAGUUGGGAGCGCAGAGCGAGGACGAGGAGGGAGAGGAGGACGAGGAGGAGGACAUGGAGGCGGGUGAAGACGACCAAGAAGAGGAAGAGCGAAAAGCAGGAGGAGCCGAAGGGAGAGCGGAGGAGAAAGGGAGGAAAAAGAGAGUCCGUUUUGCUGAAGAUGGAGAGAGGAGUGAAAAUGCGUCAAAGGAUGUUAGCACAACCGACCAGCAGAGUCUUUGUGAAAAUGGUGGAAAGUACAUCCCACCUCACGUGAGGCGAGCAGAGGAGACGGUGGAUGCUCAGAGAAAGGAAGCCCUGGAAAGGCUAAAGAAACAGGUCAAAGGUCUGAUGAACAGGUUGAGCGAGCCGAACGUGGCCUCCAUAAGCGGCCAGCUGGAGGAGCUGUACAUGGCGCACAGCCGGAAGGACAUGAGCGACACGGUGACGGAUGUCCUCCUGAGCGCCUGCGCCCCCGCCGAGGCCAUGCCCGGCAGGCUGCUGAUGGAGCACGUGCUCCUGGUCAGCAUCCUGCACCGCACGGUCGGGAUCGAGGUCGGCGCCCACUUUCUGGAGGCCGUGGUGAGGCGCUUUGACAACGUCUACCGGAGCGGCCGUGAGGGGAAGGAGUGCGACAACCUGCUCACCAUCAUCGCCCACUUGUACAACUUCCACGUGGUGCAGGCGUGCCUCAUCUUUGACGUUUUGAGGAAACUCGUUGGAACGUUCACCGAAAAAGACAUCGAACUGAUCCUGCUGAUGCUGAGAAACGUGGGCUUCUCGCUGAGAAAAGACGAUGCUCUGUCCCUUAAGGAGCUGAUCACGGAGACCCAGGCCAGAGCCAGCGAGGCCGGCGGCCGGUUCCGGGACCAGACCAGGGUCCGGUUCAUGCUGGAGACCCUGCUGGCCCUGAAGAACAACGACGUGCGGAAGAUCCCGGGCUACGACCCCGAGCCGGUGGAGAGGCUGCGCAAGCUGCAGAGAGCCCUGGUGCGCGGCGCUGGCUCAGGGACGGAAACCCAGCUGCGAGUGUCCUGGGACAGCGUCCUGAACGCCGAGCGGACCGGGCGCUGGUGGAUCGUGGGGUCUGCGUGGAGCGGUGCCCCGAUGAUUGAUGGGGGUCAGCAGAAGACCCCGCCGAAGCCGCUCACGGGGACGGUCAGCGCGAAAAUACUAGAACUUGCCCGAAAGCAGAGAAUGAACACCGACAUCCGGAGAAACAUAUUCUGCACCAUCAUGACGAGUGAAGAUUUCCUGGACGCCUUCGAGAAGCUUCUGAAGCUUGGACUUAAGGAUCAGCAGGAGAGAGAAAUUGUGCACGUGCUCGUGGACUGCUGCCUUCAGGAGAAGGCCUACAACCCUUUCUACGCCUUCCUGGCCGGCAAGCUCUGUGGCCACGAGAGGAGGUUUCAGAUGACUUUCCAAUUCAGCAUAUGGGACAAAUUUCGAGACUUAGAAAAUUUGCCAGCCACCAAUUUCUCUAAUUUGGUUCAUCUGGUGGCCCAUUUGUUGAAGACAAAAUCGCUGCCACUUUCCAUCUUAAAGGUCGUCGAAUUCAGUGAACUGGACAAACCCAGAGUCCACUUUUUACGAAAAGUGUUGCAUAUCCUGCUAAUGGAAACGGAAGUGGAAGACCUUGGUUUAAUCUUUGCGAGGGUCUCCGACAAGCCCGCCCUGGGCCUGCUGCGGGAGGGCCUGAAGCUGUUCAUCAGCCACUUCCUGCUGAAGGGCAGCCAGGCCCCCGGGAGCGCCGAGGAGGCCAGCGCGCUGCGGGAGAGAGCCGGGCUCUGCACGAGGGCUCUGCAGGGUGGGGCUACCCUGCGGAUGUAGCCGGGCCCCGGGGACCCGGGAGGACGGGGCCUGCCUGAGCACUGUGCAUACAGCUCGGGGGAGCUGUGGCCCAGUCUCUCGGACUGAAAACAGCACAAUCAGGUCCACGGUCAUACUGGAUUUACGUUUUGAUCUGAUCUCUAGGAGGGGGCCGGGGGAGGGUGGCAGUCCCUGGGCCGCCUUCUUAAGUGAUGAGACUGGGCUGGGGGUGUGCCCGUGUCUUUAUGUUAUUUAUAGACCAAAUAGGCCUCUAGAGGGUGCCGUUAUAAAGAACCGGGUGUGUAUUUAUCCUUCUUACAUGUUGGUUAAAAGUUCAGAACCCAUCUAUUAAACGGGGCCUCAGGUUUCAUGGAUCCUUUCAAGGAUCUGGGCUGUAGGGUUUGGAGAAGCCAGCAUGUGACUCAGUCCUGGGAGGGCGUCCAUUGUGACUCACCUACCGCUCUGACCCAGGCAAGGGCCUCGUUCCUCUCUGUGUCUGUCACUCACACCUGUUGACGCACUGCCCUGAACGGCCUUGAAGUCACCAAGUAGGUCUUGCCACUUAGCAGGUGCGGCUCGCGGAGCUGGCCCCCGGGAGGUGUAGACGUGCCCAGACCCGCCUGCGGGGGUGUGGUGAGUGUUCGUCGGCUGAGACGCCCGCCCACCAAAGCGGUGAAUGGACCCGUUGCAUGGGGAAGUGACAAGUGCUCACAGACUUACACCUGCCACAGCUUCACAAGGGGCUUGUUUUUCCUGCCCUUGGAAUGUGCUUCUCUCUCCCAAAUGCUGCAGACCUGAUGUAAACGUCACCUUCCGUUGAAAAAGUCCCCCGGAGGUGACUGUAGAAUGAUAACCUGUGCUCUGUAGACGCUCACGAGCUGGCAGUGUGUGCGCUGGCUUUCCGGCAGCAGAUGAAUUUCUGUGGGUGGAGUCCUGUUCUUACGUCAUCUUUUAUUAUUCAAACAAUUUUCUUUUUAAGUCUUUCUCCUCGCCGCGGAAUAUAUUCGUGACUUGAUUCAUUGCCCAAGUUUUACAUGUAUUAUACGGCAGGUGAUCCAAAAAUAUGCCCUCUUUAAGCGUAAAACCCCCUUUCACAACAGAGUAUCAUGGGUUUCCACAGGAUAGUGAGUCUGCUUUCAAUUAGCUUGACCUAAAGCUACUGUGAAGUCCGAAUUGCUUAAAUGUAUGGGUGUUGUAGUUUAUUACAGUAAUUCACCUUUGAAAAAAUACUGCGAGGUCCUGAGUCCGUGCUUGAUGUUACGUGAAUUUUUGGACUUCAUUCUGAUGCAGAUUGAGAAGUGUGCACAGAAUUUCUGAAAAAAGCUGUCAUUUGGGGAUUUAUCUUUACAAUAGGGCCAUAAGAAACUUUUUAAUGCAUUAAAAUGCAGCAGUAGAGGCUAUUUUUAUAAUUUUAGCGUGCUGGGGCAGGUUCAUUUUGAAAGAAGAGGCUCGUUGCGAGACGAAACAUGCACCUGAGCUGUCCAGUUUUAGGACGUCGCCUUGGUUUUAGGUGCGGUGGUUUAGGCUGCACCUCAACAGUCCCCUCCCUCCCGCUCUGCCUGUGCACAGAGAGAAGGCAGACAGGCAGCGUGUGCAUUGCUGGUGUGAAUGUUUGUACAGAUGAGGUGUAUUUUUAUAACUUUUCUCGAAGUUUUAAUUUUUUUUCAAAAUAAAGACUUUUUAUAAAGGA